CCUGCUUGCACCGACCUGCACCCUGUUAAGUCAUGGGUGACGAGGGAUGUAUGUGUACACGUCGCGGUAGGAAGGUGUGAUAUAGAAGCUGCCGAACAUGGCCAGCAUGGGGAGACAUCAGAGAGACAACAACACAAGGGAGGAGCCAGCAAAGCAGAGUCACCACCACCAGAAACACCAGGACAGCCAAAUAGUCUUGACACACCACAGGGACCAGCAGCAGCAGCAGGGGUCCCACCAGCAGAAAAGGAUGUGUCGGCGUCCCCCUGCUGCCCCCUGCCUUGUCACUGCCCCUGCCUCUUGCCCUGCUGCGCCCAUCACCUCGUGUCAGUUGCUGAGGCCUCGAGUAUCAGUUUCCCAGAUGCUGCUCCCACCAUUUGCCUUCUACUGUCUUCUGCUGGUGGGGUCAUUGGUCACACCUUGUGCUGCUAUCUGCCCCAACAACUGUACCUGCGAUGAUGAAGCUCUUGUUGUUCGCUGUAAGCCAUCAAAAAUAGAUGUUCUACCAUUCACGUUUAACCCAGCCCUUCAGCAACUCACCAUGUAUGGCACAGAGAUACACUCAUUAGACAUCAACUCCUUGCGCUGGUACCAGGACCUUCGUCAUGUUAACCUCAGCAAAAAUAUGAUCAUGCAAGUGGAGCCCAACACCUUUGAGAAUCAGUUGCAUCUAGAGGAACUCCACCUGGCACAAAACAACAUCACUAAUGUUACAGAUACCAUGUUCAAUGGACUCUACAAUCUCAUUGUUCUGUCUUUACGUGGCAAUGUUAUCAAGUCACUAGAUGGAGGAGUCUUCGUGCACUUGAAGCAUCUGAGAGAUCUUGACCUUUCUGAAAACCAAAUAGAGAAACUGCAUGAUCAAGCACUGGUGGGAUUAUCCAACUUGCGAAUUUUACACCUCCGAGACAACCGAUUAACUGUAAUACCAGCUAAAAACCUUGCCCUUGUAUCAGACUUGGCAGAGCUCAGUCUUGGUGGAAAUAACUUUACAGAAAUAAAAGAAGGGGAUCUUCAGUCCAUGAAAACCCUGAAAGACCUUGACCUCGCCGGCGCAUUGUUGGAGGGCGGUCUCACUGAAGAUUCUUUCAAAGGUCUUUCUGUAUUACGUAAGUUGAAGCUAGAAGAUUGUGGACUAAAAUCUGUUCCAACAGCUCCUCUGAGUUCGCUCGGCAAAUUAGAAGAAUUGCACAUUGGUCAUAACCUUUUUGUUAACCUGCCAUCAGAUGCAUUCAGGAGUAACCGUAACUUACACUCUCUCUUUGUAUCAGGAUGUCCCAAUCUUGUCUAUCUGGAUAAAGAUGUUCUACGACACAAUCUGAAUAUUAAGCAAGUGGUGAUCGCACAGAAUCCAUUGUUGACAUACAUUGCUCCAAAUGCCUUUCGCUUCCUGCCAGACCUCAGUUUGCUGGACCUUCACAACAACAACCUUCAGCAGAUAAGUGAACAGGCAGCAAAUUGGGCAGAAAUUGCAAGUUGGCAUCUUGAGGGAAACCCUAUAACAUGUAACUGUUCUGCUGCAUGGCUUCGUAUGCUAACCCUGGCUCCCAAUUCGAGUGCAAAUUUGAAGUGUGCAUCUCCUCCUCACUUGGCAGGUAUACCACUAAACUUCACACAAAUCAAUGAUCUGGCAUGUGGUAUGGAUGCAACCACACGAGGUGUGGUCAUUGGCCUUGUGGUCUGUUUCAUUGUGGUGGUGGUAGCAGCAGUGGUGGUAGUGAUGCUGUAUCGCCAUCAUGGCUCAUGUGUACAUCGCCUUCUCAAAGGGCAUCAUAUAGGAGGACGAGGAAGUCGGUGUGACCACCACCCAUACACUCAUAAUUAUCAUCCAGCUUAUAUAAUGACCCCCAACAAGCCUGUGCCUGUUACUGAACUCUAGCAGUCAGCCCGAUACUGAGCCAGGGACUCGGAUCUCUUUGGGCCAAGCCCAGUCAGUGAAUACAGUGAGGUAUUGUGAAAUUACAGUGCUGCUGAAUUAUGGUAAUGUUCUGGCAAUAUUUUGAACAAUAAAGUACAAGCCCAGAUGAAAUGUUCUUCAGCCAUAGUUCAGAAAGUAUGGCUCUAAUCUGAUAUAAACAUUAAUGCAUUUAGUAUGCAAUAUAAUGUUUUUUAAAUGGAAGUUGUGUUAUUUGUUCUUCUUUGCAGUGCCUGUCUUCCAUACCUUUGGAGACUCAUGCCUUUGAUUCCUUAUGACUCUUCAUGUUGCCUAUGUACAGUCAUCCAGAUGUUUACCCAGACCAGAUGGCAUGCUGUCACCAUAUAAAAUAAUAAAAAACACAUAGGUUAAAAGUAAAUUCAUAGGGAUAUAGUUUCUUCUGAAUCCUAUUGUGAUAAUGUUUACUUUGGAAGGAGGAAAAUGGAACACAACAACUUCCUUAAAGUUAAUCUAGUCUUUUUUAUUUCUCUUUCAAUGAUAGGUGUUUAUUGCCUUAUCAAAGACUUUGGACAUUUUCUUGUAUUCCUUAAGUCCCUGUGAUAGACCUAUCAUACAUGCUCUUUCUAAGAAUAUUUGAAGUAUUGUAGGAUUUUUAACAUUUUGUGUGAGUAUCCAGUAAAUAUUAUAUACUGUGAUCAUCAUCUUCACUUGUAGCAAGGAGAUUUUUCACAGCGUAAUUCACCAUAUAUGACCAGAUUAGCAAUAAUGGGUCUCAUAGUGUCUGUAUCUAUAAGACUUUUAUUCCUGGAAAAUUAUGUAAACAGUCAUACAUAAAUAUAUGAUUGCUGAGAAUGUCAUAUAUGUACAGUAGCAGGUUGUGUCAGGCUUACCAAACUAGGAGGAACUGCAAGCAGGAGCUACAAGUACAAGACCCGGGGCCAUGGCUCCUUCCUCUAAAAUUAACUUUAUAAAACUCAUAUGGACUAAAUCCCCAGUAUGACUUUUCUUUUCUUUACACACAACACAUAGAAAAGAGGAGACAUAUUGAAGCAAUACCAAAGGCUUACAGUAAUCAAGUCAUCAUUUAUGUUUGUCCAAUUUUGAAAAAUUAACUGAAUAGUAAGCAUAGCAGGUUAGAUCAUUAUAUUUUCCUGGAUUUGCAUAGUUAGUAAUUUUCAUAAAUGUAUCAUUUUAUACUCGAACAUCUUAAAAGUUUUUACUAUACUGUUCUUUGCUUUCAUAAUACAGUGUUAGUUAAGAAGUGAAUUUGAUUAGAAAGCAAAUCUCUACGAGAACUUUGCACAACAGGAAAUAGUGAUGCAUCCUUAGCUUCUGUGUUCACCGCAUUGAUGAUUCGGAGCCAUGGACGGCAUUAAACUUUCACUGGGUUGCUGCUGUCAACUUGCAACCGAAUAUCUGGUCACAUUCAAGAAGGUUGGGCAAUAUUGUGGUAAACCAGGGGCUCUUUAUCACAUCUGUACCAGGAGACAGAUGAUGAUAAAUUUUUGUUCAGCCUCCCUGUAAAAAAAGAAAACUAUCCUUUGAAUUAGUCAAAAUUUAAUGCCACCACAUUAUCCAAACUUCAAAGCAUUGUUUAUAUGGGAACACAAGGCAAUGACAUUUAACCAAAUUUCUAAAAUGAUCUGAAAAAAAAUUUGCAAAUUUGGUAGUAGGAUUCUUGAUCUUUUUUGUGUAAUUUAGUGGGAAGCUCAUCAUAUUUACAGCUCUAGAUCAUAAAUUUGAUUCUCGGAGCUGAUACUGUGAUUAGCAGAGUUUGACUUUUACACCGUAGAUGUUUAUGCCCCACUUCCUGGUAGGGAGUCACAUAUUUAAUAUAUUCCUAGAUUAAGUAUCAUAGCUGUGUAGGUCAGUAACCCACUCACUAUCAUAGCUGUAUAUGUCAGUAACCAAUCAUUUUCACAGUUGUGUAAGUCAGAAAUCUAUUUAUUUUCUUAGCUGCCUAAGAGUAUUAAUCUACUCAUUUUAUCAACUGCGUAUAUCAGUUAUUUACUUAGUUUCAGCUACAAAAUAUGCCAGUGAUAUACUCACUUCCACAACUAAUUAAGUCUGUGAUUUACUCACUUCCACAACUAAUUAAGUCAGUGAUGUACUCACUUCCACAACUAUGUAAAUUAGUCACACUCACUAUGACAGCUGUGUAAGUCAGUACCCUACUCAGUUUCACAGCUAUGUAAGGCUUACAAAAUAGUAAAAGAGGAGGUAAUUAAUUUUUACAUUUCUUCAACUUCACAAUUUUUUGGAAGAUGAAUAGUAAUGUAUUGAGGAGGUUUCUCCAACAGAGCACCUGGGUUACUAAAUAUCCCUACCAGCCUUUCAGAGUUCUUAUCUCACCCUGUAAAACCUUAUUCAGAGUUUCAGGAAAAUGCUGUACUAAAACACCGCCCCUGAAGUAAUUAUGUCAGGCCAGACCAAAGAUGUGCUUUUGUGUUCUAUGCAACUCUGGUAGAUGUAGUUAAAAGUCGGUCAACCAUCACUUGACGAGUUAUGCAAAUAGAUAAGGCGCUGUGUAAUCCUUCUGGGCUAGCCUGCAAACUUGUCUAGAAAUGGUUCUUAUUAUUUUGCGUUUUAAUGCAAGUUAUUUAUCAUUGGAUUUUUAUAGAUCUUUGUACAGUACAUUCCCAUUGUAGGUGUUAAAUAAUUUUAUAAAAGCUUUCAUUAUUAAUUUACUCUUUUGAAGGGUUUUUUGAAGUAAAAAAAAAAAAUUAUGUAUUGCUUCAGUCCUUGCAGUAUGUAAUGAAGUGAGCCUAUCCUUUGUAACUCUAAGAGGUCAGUCAUUUAUACUUCAUUAAGAUAUGUAUAAUCUUUUUAGAAGGUUAAUAUACUGUACUUUCUCAAGUUUUAAAAGGAACUUCCAACAAGGUAUGAAGCCCUCAGUAAAGGACAUUAACUAUACCUGUGUAGUGUUACCUCAUCAGAUAACAUGGAAAUUUUUUUUACAUGAUGUAAUUAAUCAGUGCUGGUAUAUAGUGUACAGUUUGAUAACAGAAAUAACAGAGAUUAAGACAUGUAAAAUUCCCUUUUUUGUACAAUGGCUACUUACUGUACUGAUGGAAGAUCCUUUGUAAUGAAGUGUAUCAUAUAUGAUAGACCCAUGUUAUAAGAAAAAUAAGAAAUGUUUUUCAUACCCUUUAUAUAUUUGUGCAAUUUGUCCAAUUUUGUGAGUUCAUAGGGUAAGGCUCCCAGUUUUUUAACAUGAUUACUUGUACAUACAGUAUAUAUAUAUAUAUAUAUAUAUAUAUAUAUAUAUAUAUAUAUAUAUAUAUAUAUAUAUAUAUAUAUAUAUAUAUAUAUAUAUAUAUAUAUUCCACAAAUUCUGUGGAUUUUCAAGAUUUUCUCUUUCAUCUACAAAGUUCUUAUCAAUCCCUUCUUGUAGGUCAUGAUUAGGUAAUGAUGCAUAUACUCAUUAUUCCCAGAGCACCAGUUGUGUAUUCAACAUAUCAAAAUGUAACAUGGUAAAUGAUUAGUAGUAAACCAUUUCUUCAAAAUAUCUUAAGCAAAGAGUAUUGACAGUUCAAUAUUUACUACUACUGUACUACUACUACUUGUAGCUGGAAGUCACUGUCAGUGCCAGUAUAAGUCAUUCAUUUAGCACUUUAGUCUUGACAGUCAUAUUUCUAUUGUGGAGGGGCAUUUGUGGUUAUUUUCACAACUUAAGCAUUACUAAAUAUUUGUCAAGAAUAAAUACUGAUACAUCUGAAAUGUUGUAAAAAUAACAGCAGUGGAUGGGUUUUCAAUUAACAUAAACUAUUACUGUAUAUUAACUGUCAAAGGUUCGUGAAUAUGUUUAUUUAAAAAUGUAUCGAUAUUACUGUAGAUUUUACUUAUUUUUAACUAAGUGAAAACUACUUUCCUAGAAUGUUUGUUAUGCUUUGCAAAGAUACAAGGUAAUGAGCAUUAAUAGGCCAAAAUGUUUGUUCUGAUGAGUGGUCAAAAUACAGUACAGUAAAUCCUCCACAUUUGCGGAGGUAAGUUUCUCAAGAACACCAUGAAUAUCAAAUCUGCGAAUGUUUAACUUAAACCUUAUGGGAAACAAUUGGGUUAGGGGAUCCACACCCCCAAAGAGGUACCUUUUAUGAGUAAUAAUGUAGUCAACAAAUUUUUUCUGCACCUUUAUGGUGUUAUACAAUACUGUAUGACACACCGGACCAAGAAUUCUGAACAACACUCAUUUACGUGGGUGAUUCCUGCUAAUUUCUCUGUAUUAACUAUAUGUGAUACAAAAAAAUACAUCAUACUGGUUAUACAAUGCAUCACACAACCAGAAAUACCAACCUUACCAAAUUAACAUGGCCUCAGUCAGUGAUCGUUGCAGAGGCCAUCAGACCAAGGGGUGCAAAACAUUUUUUUGUUGACCGACUGUACAUAUUAAAUACGUAUAGUAAAUAAAAUAUAUGUAAAAAAUAGUUAUGUACAGUACUGUACUCACCAAUGAAAAUGAUACUGAUGGGAGGAACUUUUUCCUGUGAUUACUCCUCUAUCCACAAAUUAAGGGCAUGCUCCAUUUUUUUCAUGUUAGUGUCACGGGUUUGAAAAGUUACUUUAGCACUUUUGGGGCACUUGCAGAGAUACUUGCAUUAAGAUUUGCCUCAUUUUUCCUGAUUGACUGCACAGUUGUCUCGUUAACACCAUAAUGGUGUCCCACGGCCGCCACACUAUCACCCCUAGCAAGGUGAUCAAGCAACCCCACUUUAGACAAAGUGUACUGCGAUGCGCUGUAUCCCAUGUAGUAUGGUCGUGUACACUAAACACAAUGCAUCAUGCAGAACCGCGGCCUGCAGAACUUUGGGAAAACAUGACCGUAAACCAUGAAUAACCAAACCUUAUGCCCAUGAAUGGUUGUACCCAUGAAUAAUCAAAUUGUUAAAAGUUAUUCCUGCAAAUGUUGGCGGUUUACUGUACAGUACUGAAAAUAUUAUGGAAAUAAUUUUUAAAUGCAUAUUGUGAUAAACCUUGCCAUAGCUUUCAGAAAAUGUAUUUUUCGGCAUGAUGUAUAAAUAAAUAAUCUUGACCAAUACUGAUGGUGGCUGUAAUUAUUGCUUCUCAAAAUUUUUAAAAGUUCAUGGGCGACAUCAAAUACUUAAUAUCAGACAAUAAUGUUUUUUUAACAUUAGGAUAUUCAAGAGGCUGACUGGAGCAUUUCUUGUACUGUAUAUAUUUGGUGAGAAAAACACUAACAAUGGAAACGUGAAGGAUAAAAUUGGUACUUAUGAGGGUUGUUCGUACUGAAGUUUACCAUUGCAGUAUUUAGAUAUGUAGAUAAGUACUAAAGUGAUGUAUAGAAGACCUACCAGGUACUUUCUAUUUUGUCCCCUAGAUACAGUAUAUAAUGGUAGAAGCAUUCUGGGGUGACACAUUUGUUGUCAUAAACUAACAGAGGCAGAUCCUCUUUUUUCUGGUGGUUCAUUAAUUAUGUUAAAAUAGAAUGUGUGUGAGAUAAACUACUGUAUACAGAUACAAUACAAAUGUAGAUUGAGAUUAGCUUGUAAUUUACUUAAAUACACUAUAGUUAAUGCAUGUUGCAAUGCUUGUGUGUACAGUACCUUCUAUUUUUUCAUUUUACAUAUAAUAAAAUUUAAACAAACUAAGUUCUUAUAAUGGUAAAUGUGCGCUGUACAGUACGCUGAAAUUGGGUAGAUUCGGAGCCCCCCCCAAAAAAUACCAUUAGCUAAUUUAUAAUUAAUUACGUACAUUCUGGAUGAAGACUUCUGUGCCUGCACAUUGAUAUCCAUAUGUCUCUCUCUCAGGACAGUCCCUAUGGAUGUAAUGUUAUGACACAGUUCAGUUCAUUUCAAAGGAAAUUGGUAAUUAAACUAAGAAAUACAAGACUCAAAUGAGUAGUUUCUAGAGGCUUUCUCCACUGGAAUGUGUUAGAAAAUUAAAAAUACAGUAUUGUAGUUUAAAACAUUCUCAUGUGCAUAUAAAGUGAAUUUUCAUUCAAAAAUCCCUAAAACAAGAGUCCAGAUUGUUUUGGACUACUGUAUUAUAUAUGAAUGGGAUUUUGAUCAAGAUGUCCUCUCUUGGAUCUAAAACUAAAAAUUCAUUAAUCUCAAAAUACAUUCCACAUGUGUUAGUUUUCCUCUACCAAAUAGGAUCUAUUGCUUACAUAUUUGUGUCUGAUAUCACCCUAUAUUAAAAUACUGUACAGUGCUUCUUUAUAUAAUAUACCAUUGGUACACCUUAAUGUUUCACUCAUUUAGCAACAACUGUAUUCGUAGAGUUAUCCACACAGUCUAUUCAUUCUGGAACUACACACUGCACACACCUAAGUUUUAUGUACAGUCCUCAAAAAAAAUCUUAGUCUUUAUGUCUAUAUGAUUCAAGGCUUUCCGAGCAAUAUUACUCGACCUGUUUCUCAUUGAAUGGUAGUUUUACAUCCACAACCUUUGAGCAUGAAUGAGUGCACUUAUCCCCCCAUACUGUAUUUGUGAAUUCCAUAUUUGCAAAUUUUCCAAUUCACUCAGACUUUAAUUAUACGUAGAGAAAACAACUAUUUUUCUUUUUUCAAAAUUUUUAAAUUUGUGUUACAAAAACUAACUCCAUAUAAACAUCAACACCAUCUCUGAAUCAUUUAUCAUUUCGAAUCCCAAAUAUUAUGACAAAAGUUGUAAGCUUGGCAGCUAUGGUACAGUUGCAGAAAUGUGUUCCUACACCCCCUGUGGUGACCUGUGUGACAAACAGACAACCUAUUUGACCUAUAGCAAACCUAUCCACCAAUGAUGGUGCCAUUUGGAGGCAUGGGCUACCACAGGGGGCAUAGAAACAUUUCCACAACUGUACCAUACCUUCUUUUUUCCAUUAGGUAUUAAAAUUUAAGUAUUUGUGAUUUCACAACAACUUCCAAGAACAUAAACCUCAUGAAUACGGGGGGAGGGGGGGGGUACGGACAUACAGUUUACAUUUUCAAAUGAUGUGGUAUCCUCCGAGGCCUGGGUUCACAAUUAGAUUACAUAACUUGGAGAGGAUAUCAUAAUUGGAUACCAAUGCCAUAACAGUCAUCAAUGAGCUCUUACAUCGAAUAGAGCGAAGAAUUAUUGGGGAAACAUUGUGAGAAGUGCUAUGAUUGCCCUUCGCAACCAGGGUAUACGUAACAUUAAGAUAGCUUUGAACUGGAGUGAGCGAACCCACAGCAUCAUGGUGGGUUAGGCACCAUGAAAUAACUGGUGCCACACAAACUUACAACCACAAAUGUCUUACUAUAGGUGGGCGGGGGGGGGGAGGUUUUGUUGCCUGCAUGUCUCUUGGUUUAAAACCUUAUAUCGGUGUUAUACCAAUGCAAUUUACAUAUCAGUAACAUGGCAAAUCCCAUAUUGACCAGUAUAUUGUACAGUACAGUAUAUUGCUGGAGCUGUUCACUCUCAGACAUAUCGUGAACAACAUCAGUAGACAUACUGUGAAACUCGGUAUGAAUGAAACUCCAUUAGUAUGACGACAUAAUGGUGAAAUGUUUAUUCAGAGGUCGGUCCAAGUCACAGUUAUAAUGUUCCGAAAAAUUUCCAUUUAAAGUACAGUAUAUUUCAGUGUUAAUGUAAUCAUCAGUCAGUAGCUUGUUUACAUAUGCCUCGUUUCUACCAAGUAUAAGACAUACAUUAAUAUAUAGCUAACUGAUUUUAUGUUAACUGUUGCCGAUAUGGUGAGCGGGUGUACCAAUAUAUGAUGAUGCACUGGGGAUCAUAUCAAAGCAUUUUGUGUACCAUUUAAAAUUGUAGCAACGGAAAAUCUGACAAUACUUUUUGGGGGACUGUACAUGAUUAGUAAGUGCUAAGAGUUGACCAACCCAGUAACUGAAUUUUAGCAUUAUGAUACAGUAUAUAUAAUACAUUAUAUCAUAAAUGAUGGAAUAUGCAUCAAUCUUUAUAUAUGUAAAGAAUUUAAAGUUAUACUGUACAUUACACAUCAUUCAACAAAUGCCCCUCCAUCAGAUGCCACACAACGAAAUUUGGGUUGAGAUUUCAUGUGUUGCACUAUUUCAAUACUCCUUAAAAUAGGCAAUUUAAAAGCAUUUAAUAAUACUGGGAAAUUUCUUUCACAUUUCAUCAAGUCUAUCCAUUCAGAUCUUUUUAUAACACUAAACACUAUUCAACUGCUAUGAGUUUUCAAACUAUCCCAAAUACUGUAUUUGAAUAUUAAAAAUAAACUUUUACCUUAAUGCAGACUCUGUGUGUGCUCUUAAAUACUGUAUAAUCAUGGACUCGUUUUUUUUUUUAAAGUUUGAUGAAGUUUGAAGCACUAUGUUAUUGUGCUCAAAUUCUUUCUUGUCUUUUGAGGCUUUCGAGUUUACAUCAGAUUAUUUCCCAGUAUUACUCAGGGCGGCGUUCACUAGGACUUGCUGUACAGCUAAUAGGGGCUAUGACACACAAUUUCUGUGUUGUAGUUGCUUAGUCAGCUUUACCAGUAGUAGGGUUGUAACAGCAUCAUGGUGCCAUACUCCUGGCAUGCUACUGACUCAGCUGGCAAUGCCACAAAUGGUUUAACUCUUAUAUGGAUUAUCUGAGACCACUCUGGUGUCUCAAACUUUUAUCACAAUCAUUUAGCACCAUAGUAAUUAUCCAUUGCAAUAAUAUGCAUUUUAUAACUCCACAAUCAGUUGUGAAGUGCACAAUCAAUUCAAGCUACUAUAUUUAUCUUUGACAAAAAAUAGUUAGCACAACUUGGGAGCAACAAGCCUUUGCUUAUCUCAACAUUUAACAGUAAAACCACAUUUUAUUGCUAAUUUUGUAACAAUACCACUGGCUUAAGAAUUAUCUACAGUCAUUCACAGCACAGUAUAAUAUAAUUGAAUUGUUACCGUACUGAAUGUUCAUCAGAUUUUAGAGCACUUCUACAAGACACAGGGUUUAAUGUAGGCUUAGUACUAGUGACAAUGACAAUUUGGGUUAGGGAACGUGUAUAACGGAUAAUCUGCAGAUGAUCUAAAAUACAGCAUAAUAGAAAUCAAAUAUGCUUCUUAAGCCAACGUAUAAUCAUUUAGCAUCUGAUAUGAACGAUUUGAGCUGAAAUUGGGUAUUCUACUCAUUUUAUAAUGUAAAAUUUUUUUAUCUGAGACACCACCAAGUGAUGGAGCUCCUCAUGAUCAAGUGUACAUUAGGUAUAAUUUGGUGAAUAAUAAAGGUAAAAUUAAUGAAAUAGCUUUAGAGACGGUUUUUAUAAAGGAUGUUAAUAAUGAACUAGUCUGCCUUAUAUGACCUUAUGCCUAAUUCUGGUAAUGUACUGUACUCCUAAAAGACUAAGAUAGUUGACAUUGUAACAUUAUAUGUAUGUGACACCACAUAUUGUGCUUUGUAGAUUAAUUCAGUCCAAAAAUAAAAACUGUACUGUACUUGUACAGUAGUUCUGAAUUCAUAAACAAAAAUUUCAAAAGGAGUUACGGAAUAUCUUGUACAAUAAUUAAACUGAUCAUUGACUGCAUUUUACAUCACAAUUUUCGUCUUUCAGCUGAGUGUUCAUAUGUUAAAAUUAACAAUACAGUAAAAUGGCAUUAAGUACUACUUCUGACAGUCUUUGACUGGCAUCAUACACACAAAAGGUGUUAAUGUGGCUUAUUAAGUAAUGAAAAUGUGCGUUAGUUAAUGAUUUGAGAUGCUCAAGUUUCAAAAUCAAAAUACCCCUUCCCACUCUGUCCUAUUUGACAAAUAUUUGAGCACAAAUCCCAUAAAUUUGUAUAUAUAUAUAUAUGUAUUUCAUAGGCUCAAUUUAAUUCCACAGCUCUGAAUUGUUACAUCACUGCACUGAGCAUUUGUUAUUCAGUCUUUUACCUGUUUUCCAUUUCUUAAUAAAGGAUUAUAUAGAAGGAA